AUGGAGACUCCACCAACGAAGGAGCUGCUGAUGAAGAUGCUAGAGAUCGAGAAGAGUCAAGAGCGUCUAAAGCAGGAGAUGUGUAGGCUCAAGGCCAUAUCCACAGAACAUGGUCAUUCAGUGUCGCCGGCAAAAAAGACAAACAUCGGCCAGGGAGUUCUAGCGUUGAGGAAGAGCUGCGCCGAGUCGUUGAGGAAGGAGAGCCGUAUCCAGGGUACGGUUAGUCUGAGAGCUGGAGUAGGUGGAGGAACAAGACCAUCGGCAGGGAAGUUCACCCAUCAACAGUAUUUGAACAUGUUGCAGUCGAUGGGCCAAUCUGUUCAUGUCUUUGAUCUCAAAAUGAGAAUUAUCUUUUGGAAUGCCAUGGCGGAAAAGCAAUUUGGAUACUCAGCUGCAGAAGCAGUUGGGCAGAAUCCAAUUAAUGUUAUGGUAGAUGAUCAUGAUGCUGCCUUUGCGAUGACCAUAGCUCAACGUUGUUUCAAUGGAGAGACCUGGACCGGUGAGUUUCCUGUCAAGAACAAAUCAGGGCAGAGAUUUUCAGCUGUCACUACGUGUUCCUCAUUUUACGAUGAUGCUGGUUCUCUUAUUGGAAUCAUUUCUCUUACAAGUAAAUCAGCACCAUAUCUGCAUCCCAAGGUCUCUUUGGCUAAGUUAAAAUCAAAAGAAGGUGAAACAAACUCUAAAGGAGCUGUUUUAUCGAAACUUGGACUUGACUCUCAUCAACCUAUACAAGCUGCUAUAGCAUCAAAGAUAUCAGAUUUGGCAUGCAAGGUGAGCAACAAGGUCAGGUCGAAAAUGGUAGCAGGUGAGAGCAUACAAAGAGGGGAUUUUGUAUAUUCUCCUCCUUUUGGUGUAUUCACAUGUGAUGAGAGUAUUCUUACCUCAAAAGCUGAGCAUGAAGUUUCAAAAGGAAGACCAGUAUGGCCUCAUGUACAUAAUAAUCAAGAGAAACAUAAGUCUCACAAGUUUAAUCCAUAUUCUGAUGUUAAAUUUGAAAGUGAUUCUUCUGAUAGUAAUAAGCCUAGCAGUACAAUGUCUUCAAACAGCAUAAGCAGUUCUAGUAGCUGCAGAAGUACAAGCAAGGUUGAUACAAAUAGCGAUUGCUUGGAAUAUGAAAUUUUAUGGGAUGAUUUGACAAUAGGAGAAGAAAUUGGAAAAGGUUCGUGUGGAACUGUCUAUCGCGGUCUCUGGUUGGGAUCUGUAGUAGCUGUUAAAGUGUUCUCCAAAGAAGAACAUCCAGAAGAAGUCAUACAAUCUUUUAGACAAGAGGUAUCUAUGAUGAAAAGACUUAGACAUCCUAAUGUGUUGCUGUUCAUGGGAGCUGUGACGUCACCUCAGCGUCUCUGUAUAGUGUCAGAGCUCCUUCCACGUGGAAGCCUCUUCCAGCUACUACAGAGGAAGAUGUCAAAACUGGAUUGGAGGCGACGUAUCCUUAUGGCCUUGGACAUUGCUCAUGGUAUGAAUUAUCUACACUGUUGUAGUCCACCUAUUGUCCAUCGUGAUCUCAAGUCGUCAAAUCUGCUGGUAGACAGGAACUUGACCGUUAAGGUAGCUGACUUUGGUCUUUCACGUGUCAAGCAUGAGACAUACUUAACCACUAAGUUCGGGAAGGGAACGCCUCAGUGGAUGGCACCAGAAGUUCUUCGAAAUGAGUCUGCUGAUGAGAAGUCUGAUAUUUACAGCUUUGGAGUAGUACUUUGGGAGCUUGCCACCGAGAAGAUCCCAUGGGAAACUCUUAACUCUAUGCAGGUGAUUGGAGCUGUGGGGUUCAUGAACCAGAGGCUGGAAAUUCCAAAGGACAUUGAUCCACUUUGGAUCUCAUUAAUUGAAAGCUGUUGGCACAGCGAUGCAAAGCUGAGAUCCACAUUCCAAGAGCUGACGGAGAAGCUAAAAGAUCUGCAAAGGAAGUAUACGAUACAGUUGCAAGCUACUUGUGCUGUCUUGCUUGACAACUCGUCCCUCAAGGACAACUAA